UUUGCGGUGAUUCCUAAGACGGAGCGGUUGCAGCAACGGCAGCAGAUAAAUUCCGGACAAGCGCAGCAGAGUCACUUUGAGACAUACAGCAGCCACGACGUGUCAUAGCAUUUGAAUUAUGCAUUAGCCAUCAGCUUUACUUUGGCAUGCUGCAAAAUACGAAAAUACGAAAUACAAAAUACGAAAUAAACAGUAAGAAAUACUAUCGUCCUUUCAAGUUGUGGCCUGCUGAGUAAAUAAUAAGAAUUGCAGCGAUCGAAAAGUUUGCACUCGCAGUGUUGUUUAAGUGUGCCAUAAAGUUAGCCGUGAAAGUUAAGUGCGCUCUUACAACUCGCAACUCGGCCGGAAUCUGCGGCAGUUGCCGUAACACGUUGCCGCAACUCCAAACUCCAAACUCCAAACUUUUGGUUGUGGCACGGCCCAGCACGGCCCGGCCCGGCUCGGUCCGCUCUCAGACAGCUAAGCAGUUGGACUCUUAGUUGCAACUGCUGUCAGAAUAUUUGCAACAUUUUCCACUUUUUGACAACAGAAUUUAGUUAACGCAACGUAACGGUAUCGUGCGCGUCGCGGAAGCGGAAGUGAACUUGCCGCAACAUAACUGAACUGCUGUGAAUUGUUCUUUUUUAUCGCCCAUCCUUCUGUCUAUCUCUCUCACUCUCUAACGGAUUGCAGUCGCGGACACACACACACGCGGACAGAGAGGACGGCUGAGUGUGUGAUGUGAAUGUGCUCCGGCAUAAAAGCUUUGCAAUGGACCUGAAGACUGGCUCAUUGCUGGUGGCGCCGGCUGUGAAGAACUCGAGCUGCUCGCAUCCGCGUUACUCCGGCCACAAUUUCAUCGUGCACAUUGGCAUCGCGGAGACGAUUGAGGCUGUGCUGAUACUGGUGCUGACUCUGGGCGUGAUUGGGGCCAAUUGCCUGGUCAUCUUUGUCAUUAACAAUCGGCGCUAUGCUGCCUACAUACAUCAACAGCCACGUUAUCUGCUCACAUCGCUGGCCCUGAAUGACCUGACAAUUGGGCUGCUAAUUACGCCGUUUGGUCUGAUGCCCGCUUUGUUUCAUUGUUGGCCCUAUGGCGAGAUCUUCUGCCAGAUACAGGCACUGCUGCGUGGCGCCUUAUCGCAGCAAAGCGCCGUUAUACUCGUCUGCAUGGCCGUGGACAGAUACAUGUGUGCGCUGCAUCCGCGCCGUUAUUAUCAGCACUCCAGCAAGAAGGGCUGUGUGGCCAUACUGAGCUUAACGUGGAUUAUCAGCCUGACGGUGUUUGGGUUUCUGGUGCUGCCCAAAGGCUACUAUUUCAACAACACGGGUCUGAUGGCCUGCGAGCCGUUCUACAGCAAGCCCUCGUACCGCAUUCUGUCCACAUGCGCCCUGUACUUCCCCACCACGAUGGUGUUGAUGUACUGCUACGGCUCCAGCUUCCAUAUGAGUCGCUUUCGGCUAAACGACCCCACAAUGCCGCUCACUGCAGCCGCACAUCAUCCGCAUCCGCACCAUCCGCCCCAGCAGCAACUGCAUCAGCAUCAGCACCAGCACCAGCACCAGCAUCAGCAUCAACAUCAGCAACACCAACAGCAUCAGCAGCAUCAGCAGCAUCAGCAUCAGCAGUCCGCCCACUUAUUUGGGCAUGGCAGCCAUGGACACUCGCAUCAUCCACAUCAUCAUCGAGCGCCGGUUAUGAACCAUUUAAGCAUGGCCAUGAGCAUGGGCCUGGUCGGAAUGCCAAGCAUGACAAACAAGAUUACCAAAAAGAUUGUGCCGAUACAGGAGAAGAACUCGAGCGGCAACACGUCCCGUUCGAUGGCAGCCAUUUCGCUGGGCUUCAUUGUUAUGGUCACGCCGUGGACCAUACAGGAGAUUGUCACCGCCUGCACCGGCUCCAAGCUGCCACCGUUUCUGGACUUUGUCGUCACCUGGACAUCGCUGAGCAACAGCCUGUGGAAUCCCUUCAUGUACUGGCUGCUGAAUUCCGAUUUUCGUCGCCUCAGCCGACAAUUGAUGCCAAACAAAUGCUUCCCCAAAGAGGAUACGCCCGAACACAAAUCAGCCUGUUGUCACAUCAAUGCCAACGACUUUGAAAUCACAACGCUGCCAAUGCCGCCCGAGCCGCCCGCCUCACGGCCACCGGCCAACAAUGGUGGUGCAGGUGGUGGUGGCAGUGGUGCGGGUGGUGGGGGCAGUGGUGGCGCGGCCGGCUCUGGCGCCGGCGGUGGCAUUGGCAGCGCCAUUGGCGGCUCUGUUCUGGGCAUUUGCGCACGCUCCAGGGCCAACAGCUUGAGUCGCAGCGCCUCGCAGUACAUUCGCGGCACUUUGGGCGGCGGCGGCCACGCCCAUCAGCUGGCCGGCGAUGGCUAUGCCACAGUGCGGCCGGACAUUGAGGGUCUCUCGGAGAAGUACUGGGGCGAGAUUCUGGAGCGGACCGUCAGCUCGGGCAAUUUGCAUGCCAUGCAGAAGAGUUUCCCGCACUUCCCCUACCAUCAGCACGGCGGCGUGGGCGUGGGCGUGGGCGUGCACGGGCAUGUGCAUCAGGUGCAUCAGCCGCAACAGCAUCAGACCACCUCGUUCACCAAACACAGCGAUCUGCAUUUGAAUAUGUCCGGCAGCACGGCCGCACAGGAAGCCACCGCCGCCGAGCUGAGCAAGUUCUCCACAUCCGAGCCGAAGCUCUGCGAGCAUCUAUUCCACGAUGCCAACUGCGCCAAGAGCAAACUGGCGCUCGGCACUGCCCCAGACGAGGCCGGCUCCGCAUCCGUCUCCACCGUGGCCGCCAAGCUGGCAGCAGGGCGCAGCAUUCCGGACAUUUAGUACGCAGAGGACGUCAUCCUCGCCAACAGCCAGCUGGCGCGGCAGGCCAAGUGCGCACACCAUCCACUGCAUCAGCAGGGGCAAUCCCGCGCCCUGCUCCACACGCCGCACGGCGCCCAUCACACGGGCAGCCUGCGCCUCAGUCGCGUCCGCGUCGCCUGUCACAGCCCACCGCCCUCGAUGGCUCUGGGCGGCGAGUCAAUGGCCGAGUUUCGCAAAUAGAGCUCUAGGAUUAGGAUUAUGAUUCGUCUGCUGGGUCUAACCGUGAAGUAGUUAUAUGUAUAUCUAUAUAAAUGUCGGUGUGUAUGUGUGUGCGUCUGUGUGUCUAAAUAUUGUGCAUGUCUUCUAGCUUUAAGUCAAACUUGAAAAGUUGUAGCUCUCUCUCUCUCUAUC